GUUUUUUCAAGGACUGGGAGCGUCCAAAAAUUAGCUCCAAACUCCUGGUAUAGGCUCGCUCAAAACAUCAACAGGGCUCCGCUCCGGCUCUCGGCUCCAAUAGAGUUUGGAGCCGGAGCCGUGAGGCGCUCGCCAAAAAUUUUUGGAGCACUCGCAAAGGCGAGGCUCCUGCCUCCGCUUUUGGAGCCGGAGCGCUCCAGAAGUGGAGGGCUCUAG